CCUAGAAAGGUAUCGGUUGUAUCGUAUAUAGCAAUUCUUUGUACAGAUCUUCAGUUUGUAACUUGCAAGAGAUUUGUAGAUUUCUUCCAUUGAUUCGGGACAUUGUAGAGAAUCUGAUACAGUGUCUGAUAGGUAGCUUCUUUGCGGAUUUUGUACUCAGGUAGUUCGUUUCUCUCUUGUGUGAAGUGCACAAUUGUGCAUUUUUCUUGCGACCUUGUUAUUCUCUUGGUUACUAUCUGUACUUUGAUUAAAUUGGAAUUCAAAUCGCAAAGUUCGUUAAUGCAUAAAGGUUGAGUCAUCUCAGUUUCUAAAAUGUCCAUUCACAUUUUUCUUUCUUCGAGAUUUUAUUUAUACUCGUUUGCGAGGUUCUAUAACUAUUGUAUUUCAUUUCUAUUUAUUUGGAGUUUCACUUUCAUAUUUGCCCGCCGGUAAAGUUUUCCCGCUUGAAAGGGCGCAUGGGAAAACCCUACGGUGCGGCCUGCAGUCAUCUUGUCUCGUAAAGCUCUAAUAUGGUUUGGCAAUGGCGCUUCCUCAUUCAAUUCUCUGCAUCCGUUGGUGGAUGACGAGCAGCAACGAGGACGAAAGUGAGCCAGACUGGAAUUCAGAAGCUGGGCCUUGGCGUCGCCAUCGUUGUCCUCCAGCUAAAUCAAUUGCCGCUUUCAGGAGAUUAAGAGAUAUUUCAACCUGAAACUGUAAACGGACAGUUGUUAGCAGUUUCUCUACAAUUUUCCAACGGUUCUGGGUGCUACAUGCUAGGGUUUUGUUUGAAAAGCUUGAAAUUCGCUGCUUCGAGAAUCUCGAUUGCUGUUGGCGUCAAUGUCAGUCUUCUUCGAUUCUUCGGCUCUCAACCUGUAUUAUCCACUAGCCGGUAUCCGGCUUUCACAACCAGAGGUUACCAACUGCUUCGCUGCCUCUCCAAGCACAGGAUAUAUGACGCACGCAACCUGCUCGACGAAAUGCUCCCAGGGGGAACCUCCCGCAGCCGUACGGUUUAUUACACUUCUCUGGUUGCCAAGUAUUCCAGGAGUGGAUUCGUGGAUGAAGCUCGUUUGCUGUUCGAUAUCAUGCCAGCGGAGAGGAAUGUUGUUACUUACAACGCAAUGUUGUCCGGUUAUGUCCAGUGCGGGAGAUUGAAGGAGGCGAUGUCACUGUUUCGGGAGAUGCCUGAAAGGAAUGUUAUUUCUUGGACAUCGAUGCUUUCAGGGUUGGCUGAUGCAGGAAGAAUAGGUGAGGCCAAGUUGCUGUUCGUGAAUAUGCCUGAGAAGAACGUGGUUUCAUGGAAUGCCAUGGUUGUUGGGUUGAUUAGGAAUGGGGAUUUGGAGCAUGCAAGGUUGGUUUUUGACAAGACGCCUGUUAAAAAUGUGGUUUCUUGGAAUACCAUGAUUGCAGGUUACACAGAUAGUAGUCGAAUGGAUGAGGCGAGGACCCUGUUUGAUAUAAUGCCUGAUCCAAAUGUGUCGACUUGGACUAGUAUGGUCUCUGGUUAUUGCAGGGUUGAAUUGGCUGAGGGAUAUAAUAUGUUUCACAGAAUCCAUGUCCAAAAUGUUAUUUCUUGGACAUCCAUGAUUAGUGGGUUCACAUGGAAUGGUUUCUAUGCAGAAGCGUUGUUGCUUUUCCUGGAUAUGAAUAGGAGCUCUGAUAUAACACCAAACAGUGAGACCUUGAUUUCCCUUGCUUAUGCCUGUGCUGGCUUAAUAUUUUCUGAACUUGGCAGGCAGGUUCAUGCUCAGAUGCUUGUUCAUGCAAUGCAAUUUGAUGAUUAUGAUGGCAGAAUAGCUAAGAGCCUUAUUUACAUGUACUCUUCAUUUGGUACCAUGCCCUCUGCACAAUACUUAUCCGACAACUUCUCCGACAACUGUGUUCUUCAGUCUUGCAAUUGCUUGAUUAAUGGCUAUGUUAGGGCUGGAGACUUAGAGAAGGCUCGAAUUUUAUUCGAUGCAGCACCUUCCCGUGACACGAUCACGUGGACUUCAAUCAUUAGCGGUUACUUCAGUGUUGGACUCGUGUUGCAGGCUUGCCAUCUAUUUCACGACAUGCCUUUCAAGGAUGCAAUUGCGUGGACAACAAUGAUCACAGGGCAUAUACAAAAUGAGCUCUUUGAUGAAGCUAUGCAUUUCUUUUCGAAAAUGAGGACUUGCGGUGUUAUUCCUCUAAGUACCACAUACACCGUUCUUUUCGGCGCUGCUGGUGCAAUGACAUAUCUUGAUCAUGGAAGAUCGCUGCAUGGGAUGAUUAUCAAGACAACCUGGCUUUGAUUUGAUCCUUGAGAAUUCUGUGGUCUACAUGUAUGCAAAAUGUGGGGAGCUCCGUGAUGUCUAUGAAAUUUUCUCACGGAUGACUUCACGCGACGAGAUCUCUUGGAAUUCUAUGAUUAUGGGGUUCGCUCAUCAUGGUCUGGUCAGUGAAGCCUUACAGGUUUUCGAAGCCAUGGCGGAAUCAAGAACACGCCCCAACGCCCUCACCUUUUUGGCUGUCCUAUCGGCAUGUAGUCAUGCCAGCUUGCUUGACAAAGGGUUGGAGUUAUUCACUCUGAUGACUGAAGUUCAUGGAAUCCAACCAGGUUUGGAACAUUGCAUCUCCAUCGUCAACAUACUUGGCCGAGCAGGAAAACUUGAAGAAGCAGAGAAUUUUAUCUCAGGACUACCAUUCCAUAGACACCCUGCUAUCUUGGGAGAAAUGCUCAGUGUGUGCAGGCCAGACAAGACGAGUCUUGGAAUUGCCGAACGGUCAGGUAAGCUAGUCCUUGAAGCCGACCCAAUGAAUGCAGCUGCUCAUG